UUAUUGUCUUUCAGGAAAAAAUGCUGUAAGGGUUAUAAAUUUGUGCUUGGACAAUGCAUCCCUGAAGAUUAUGAUGUGUGUGCAGAGGCUCCUUGUGAACAGCAGUGCACAGAUAACUUCGGGCGAGUUUUAUGUACAUGUUAUCCUGGAUACCGGUACGACCGUGAGAGACACAGGAACAGAGAAAAACCCUAUUGCCUAGAUAUUGAUGAGUGUGCCACAAGCAAUGGGACUCUCUGCUCUCAGAUCUGCAUCAACACUCCAGGCAGCUACCGGUGUGAGUGCCAUGAAGGCUAUAUCCAAGAGGAUGACGGGAGGACCUGCACCAAAGGAGAUAAAGCUGGGCUCUCUGAGAAAGCCGACAAUGAGGUGAAACCAGGAGCUUGCUGUGCCUCAUGCAAAGAGUUUCACCAAAUAAAGCAGACGGUUUUACAAUUGAAGCAAAAGGUUGCUUUGCUACCAAACAAUGCUGGUGACCUUAGCAAACAAAUCACUGGUGAAAAGGUGCUUGCUUCUAAUGCCUAUAUACCAGGCCCACCUGGCCAGCCAGGGCACCGAGGUCCUCCAGGAACCCCAGGACCAAAGGGAAGCCAAGGAUUUCCUGGAUCACCUGGACCGCCAGGCCAACCAGGUCCUCGAGGAUCAAUGGGCCCCAUUGGACCAUCUCCUGACAUAUCACAUAUUAAGCAGGGCAGACGAGGCCCAAUGGGUCCACCAGGAGCACCAGGGAGAGAUGGCAGCAAGGGGGAAAGAGGAGCACCAGGACCAAAAGGGACACCUGGCCCUCCAGGCUCAUUUGACUUCCUGCUGCUGAUGAUGGCAGACAUCAGAAAUGACAUUGCUGAGCUGCAGGAGAGAGUGUUUGGACACAGGACUCACUCAUCAACGGAGGAAUUUCCCUUACCUCAGGAAUUCAUGAACUAUCAUGACACGGUAGAUCUGGGCUCUGGAGAAGACUACAGACAAAGGACUGCACCCAGGGACCCCAGGACAGAGAAAGCAGCCCAUCAUUAGCCAGGCUUGGUUAAACGUGCCCAGGAAAACUGUGUAGAGCUGUACAGAAAAAAUGCACUGAUGAUAUAAAUCAUUACAUUAUUGUCCAGGUUUUUAUUUAAACAUCAGAACAGGAGAGAUACAAGAGAAGACACAAGAGCAACAAAAGAGCUGGAGAGGAAGAGCAGGCAUCACUGAGAUAGGUUAGCUUGUUAUAAACAAAAUCAAUCACUGCUUGACAUAAGCGGUCUGAUUCUGAUCCCACUUUCAUUGGUGCUGGGGAGGGUCAAAGGAGCACAAAAGACAACCCUCCCUCCCCCCAUGUAUGGCACCCCCCUGCCUUCUAAGCAGAGAGGGAAUCGUGUUUGCAAGUGGGAAUAAAGUAUUGAAAAGGCACUCAUUCCUUACAUCUCUCUACACUGAAAAGUUGGUGUCACAGAACAGAUUGCACUCCGUUCGUGUACAGUAUCUGUUUCAAAUUGCUGAAGCUGAGGGUGUUUUUGCCACCAUUUUGAUCUAAAUACUAUGUGAACAAUUUUUCAGUGUGUUAAGCGCAUUUUCCUUCAAUGUCAUAUUUUGCAUGGGUUCUGAUUUUACAGCACGUUUAAUGUUAAAAUCCCUGUAACAAAUGCAUAGGAAAACCUUUUAUUCUCCAUUUCAUUUUCAGGUAUUGAACACGCCUCCAGGAGCAAACUUGAGUGAAACAAACAGGUCUUUCCCAAAAUCUCUGUUUAGUUUUUUAAUCACUUUCAUGCCUUCUUUGCAAGAGAACAUAUGCUAUAAUGUCUGCACUUAUAGCACUGUCCUUGUCAUACAAAUGUUGCAGAUUAGGCUGUAAUGCUGACCCGGCAUGCUGUCAGUAGCGGAGCCAGCAUACUCAGAAAAGCUUCCUGAAGUUUGUGAAAUCUGGAACUCUUGUGUAUAUUUUCUUUGGAGGACAUUUCAGUUCCUCUAACCGCGUUCCAGUUACUUGCCACCUGUAUGUUUCGGGCAAUGUUAAUAAGUAAGGUAUUUCUUCACUCUUGUUCUCUUGAUCUUAAAAGUGUGCCCCACAUUAAAAGGAACUGUGUGAUUGAUGCAGAUUAGACUAAUUACAGUGGUUCUUAUACUGUGGCUCAAAGACCCUCAAUGUUCUAAAAAUCUCUGUCUCCUGAGUUGCUGAUUCAAGUAAUUCUGACAACCAAGGGGUGGAGAGGUAGUGUUUUGGAAGAAAAAAAGUGUGUCCAAGGGACAAAUGGACAGCAAAAUGCAAGUAACCUAAAGCAUCAGCAGUGUCUGUGGCCUACUGAGUUAAUUUCUUGUAGGAACUGCAUAUGCACGUCAUAUUCAUAGACUCUAAAUGUACACAUAGGUACACGUUUAAUACAACCUGCUGGAUCAAGUUGAUUGUUUUUUAAAAUGCAGACUAAUGAUGGGCAAUCAUUCAAGAUUCCCUCCCCCUGCAAAUGUGAUCUGGAAUUGGACACUGAUUUUUAGUCCUAGGCUUUGCUUUUUCAGGUGUAUCAAAUAAUGCAUCAGAAGCUUCCUCAGUUUGGGUUGACCAGAGAACUCAAAGGGGCAAAUUGCCUUGUUGCAUAGACAUACCUAAUGGAAGAGAAAUCUCACCCUGACUCAAGAUGGUGCCGAGGCGCAUGCCUGACAGUAAGAAUAUGAGUAGUUCCACUAAAGGCAGUUGGGACUGAUGAUGUGCUUAAAGUUACCCCCAUGAUGAAGUCCAUUCCUGAAUCAGAGCUGUAGUAUUUCCAUCAUGUCAUUCUAGUGCUGGAGGGUGUGGGGUCAAAAGGGCUUUGUCCCUCUAUGGAACAAGCAUGGCAGAGGGAUUGCGGGGAGUAGCUAUUCCCCCUAGUCCUGUCCUGUCCUGUGUCCCUCCCUCCCUCCACAUGGUCCUCACAUGCACAAAGUGCCUUAGUUGGAUCCCAGGGACUGGGCCUGGUGCAGCUGAAGCAGGUCUCCUAUUUCCACAUGGCAGGGAACCCCCUUUUGUGCAGAACUGCCUAAGGUGAUUUAACUGCGGGCAUGUUUAUAGUACAGAUAUGGUUUGUAUGGACCAUUCUUGUUAUGUUUUCAAUUAACCUUAUGGUAAUUUUCACAAUAACUGAGCUAUAUCAGAAAUCACUUUGUUUAGGAUAUUUAUAUAGGCACAAAUCCUCAGAUGGAAAGGUAAGCCAUGCUCUUUUCUUCAACUAACCUGACACUUUGUAUAAAUACAAAAGUAUAGCUUCCAGAUUCCAGCUGGGUCACUGGGGAAAGGGGUUCUUUGGCUGUAAAUAAUUUUUCGUCAUGGCUCUUAAAAUUACAAGAAGCAAGAAUCCAACAUUUGAACAUACAAACAGCUGCUCUUACAUCUAGUAUCAUUAUUUAGUCUCCUGCACAUGACAGCUUUGUUUUGUAUAAUUAAAUACUAUGUAUAAUUUAAUUAGAAAGAAAUAAGUUAAACUGUUGAGUUAUAAAUAGAAUGAUGAUAAAGAGUUCAUUAUUUUAUUAAUGUGGGAUAUAAAAGGUAUUUAAUGGAAACAUCUGCAAAAUUGUGUAGUGGUGGAGAAAAUUUUAAUACUUGUGGGUUUGUGUUUAUUUCUAAGAAAAUCAACGAAGCUGAUGGAGUCUUCCCUAUACAAGCUAUUCUCAAAAAGUUGAAAUACUGAAGUAAAACAUAGUCACCUGAAAGCUGUCUUUGUAAUCGGGGUGAAUCUGAAAAAUAGGGGGAAAAAUUAAGAUUAAGUGGCCUUAGAGUAAUCCACACAGAAUUCAUUGGUAUUGCAGGUAAGGGUUUCUAACAAGUCACUGUCCAGUUGUAUUUCAUAAAUAACACAUUAGAAUCCAGUCGGUAUCAAUGUAAGAUGAGGACUGGGUCUGUGAAUUUGUUUUUCAUUUGCCAAUAGGCACACAAGUUUUGUUAUACAUUUUGAUAAUUAUAUUGGUCUCUUUAUUUAUAAUAAGUAUAUGAAAUACUAGAUUAUGUAUAAAAUGAUUGUGAUUAUAUGAAGUAUUCUUAAUAACAAAGAUAUUUUUC